AUGAGACCAGCACAACUACUAUUGAACCAAGCUAAAAAGGGUUCCGGUCUAGGUAUCCCAGUUGAAUUGACUCCAUUGUUCAUUGCCAUGGGUUUGGCUUUGGCUUCUGGUACCUAUUUCACUUUUAAGAAGUUUUCUUCUGAUGAGACUUUGAGAGUCACCAAGAACCCAGAAUUAUCCAAUUUGAAGAAGGUCUUGGCCGAAUCUGACAAGGAGUAG